CUCGUCUGCUACAUUUACUCUUCACGUCUUCUCAGUCUCAAAAGUUCACAUCACAAGCAGUCAAUCCACACAAGUUGACAGGGCAUUCCAAAGUGCAUACACCUUGAGCACUUGCUCUCUCCCCGUCCAUUCGCCCGUCACCGCCUUUCGUCUCCAUCUCCAGCCUCUCGGCCGAAGCAGCGUGUUGAACAUGUCGAAACGUUCCAACACGGCCAAUGGGCCAGAAAAGGCCGUCAACAGCACAUCAAAUGCUAAGACCCAAGACAAACAAUCCUACCUCCUCCACACCCCGAACCCCGGCCACUUCAGCCUCAUACGCGCCUACCACCUCGCCGACUUCAUCACGCUCAUGAACGGCUUCUGCGGCUUCAUGUCUAUCACCUCUUCCAUGCGCUACUGCAUCAACCCCCACGACCACCGCCCCCUCUGGUUCGCCCUGGGCUUCAUGCCAUUUGGCCUCUUCUUCGACUUUUUCGACGGCAAAGUGGCGCGUUGGAGGAAGAAGAGCAGUCUGAUGGGACAAGAGUUGGACUCGUUGGCUGAUCUCAUCUCCUUCGGCGUAGCCCCCGCCUCCUGCGCCUUCGCCAUCGGCCUCCGCACGCCCCUCGACCAGCUCCUCCUCACUGGCUUCGUGCUCUCCGGCCUCGCGCGCCUCGCCUGCUUCAACGUCACCACCGGCACCAUCCCCAAAGACGCCAGCGGCAAGGCGUCGCACUUCCUCGGCCUCCCCAUCCCCACGAGUCUGACCAUCGCCGCGCUGAUGGCGUACUGGGUGUCGCAGGGCUGGAUUCAGGAGCGGAUCCCGUGGGGAACGGUGGCGAAGGGGUCGGUGCUGGAGAUGCAUCCCAUGACGCUGCUUUUUGUGUUUCACGCUUGUUGUAUGGUGUCACGAUCGUUGCAUGUGCCCAAGCCGUGAGCGUGGUUGUUCUAUGAGGGAUCGAGACGGCGACGUGAGUAUGGCAACAGGCGAUCACUUGAGUAGCGAAAUACAGCAACGACGAUGGAAAUGAAGCAUUGACGAGAUUCAACA